GGAAAUUUGGUACGGGCGUAAUUUUGGUAUCGAUGGAUGGCAACAUAGCGGUAAUUUCGUAACGCUGUCAUUGCAGCAGUUUCUCUCGGUCGACCUCGAGUUCUAACUCUGAAAGCAAAGGGUUUCCAUCAUUCUUCCUUCGGAUCCCGCUAUCGGCCAGCUCUAAGAAGAUACGCGACUCCAUAUCCCAUGUCAGUGAAGGCGCCAUGCUGCCUCCAGAGACAUGACAUCACGAGAAGAAAGCGUCCUGGCCGCCAGAGACCCGUCUCUCAAUGACGAGAAUGACUGGGAGGAAUUCAGCCUGUCCGACGUCAAGAUUCUGUUCCCGGGAAAAUCGCGCUAUGCGAACCUCCUCUCGGCCUCUCCAGACAACCCUGUCCAAGUGGUGGGUCGUUUGGAGGAAGUAGAGGAAGAACAAGAGCCAUUAAGUGCGUGCAUGAUCUACCUCCAUUAUCUAUCUACCUCCGUUAGUGCACCGUGUUUGCCUAGCUGACUUGCUGUUCGUUUUAUGCCUGGACAGUUCUUGAUGAUGACUAUCUUUCGAAGCGCAUCGUGAUUGAGAAUGUAGCACACUAUGCCUACGGCCAGCAUGAUGAUGGCGAAGUUGGGAUCUGGGUUGCGGGUCGGGCUGGCUGGUUCUCUAUCUCUCCUGCGAGAGGAUACAGGCCUAUUUUCAAUGAUAUGGUAGAAGCCAUUGAUCUGCUCUACUUCCUGACAGAUAGGCAUCAGAAGAGGCGGACGCGGCGAAGAAAUUCCAAUCCCAGCGUGCAAUACCUCUGCGAGGAGUACGUUCACCAUACUCACGGAAUCUGUGAAGAUGUGGAUGACUCAGCCGAAGUCUUCUACAAACACCACAACUUUCUACUUUCCCGAAUGCUCAAGGGCGAAGGUGUGGGAUGGGUUGAGACGAAUCUAUUCAAGCAUCUCUGUGAGAAGUUUCCUGAUGACUAUGAGCGAAUCAAGGCACUACUUGCGCCCAAAGAACAGGAAGAAGACGAAGAAGAAGAAGAAGAAGAAGAAGAAGAAGAUGAUGAUGAUGAUGAUGAUGAUGAUGUGACGAACGAAGACGAUGAGCCCAAUGGAUUCUCUGAGAGUCAGGUCAUUGCCCCCGAUUCAGACUCAACCUCGAAGAUGCAGGCAGAUAGUAUUUACAAGGUGAUUGUUGACCUGAAGGAAGAGGGUCACCUAGCAAAGCGUCAAUUGAAUUUGGACCUUGUCAUUUUCACUCUGACGAGUCGCUAUGAAAUUGACAAUGCAGAAUAUGCUCGAGAUCUCAUUGCAGCACGAGCCGGCAUUCUUGUUGAUAUGAUGGAUGAGGCGAAGACGUCAAACUUCGACUGGUCUCGCAAGGCUAUCUACCGGGAUUUGAAAUCACAAUCGCAACAAAAUCACCCACAAUAUCUCACCCUUACACCAUUACGUCCUCGAUUGCCAGAACAUGGUGGGUCGUCAUCCAGCGAAGAGAGCAGUGACGAGUACAACGCGAAGGGUUUGAGGCGUAGAGUCCGCAAAUCUCUUCUGCGACCAAAAAGCUCUGUCUCUUCAAAGAGGGUUGGCAAAGGAACCCGAAGUACCGUGGCAACCGAGCAGGAAGAUUUUUCAGACAGCAGCGAGGACAGUUUAAAGGAUCUGGAGACUCCGAGCAAGGCCCGUGGCCAUGAAUUUGCCCGUGAUCCGCUCUCGACCAGAGCAAGACGGAGAACCCGUUCCAUUCUCUCUGACCCUGGUUCCAUGACUCCUCUUCAAAAGACGCCACUACAAGAGACUCUUCAGAGCAGGAACGCGUCGGUUUCGACCGGAGACCGCGGUGCAUCUGAACCUGCAGACAACUCGUACCCAAGCGACCUUCCUCCCGAUACCUGGGUAUGCCGAGUCAAAGGCUGCAGAAAGAUCAUCUACAAAAGCAGCUCGAAACGAGGCAAAGAAAUAAUCCAGGAUCAUUCUUUGGCCCAUGCGGAUGAUAUGCAGGCUAAGAUUGACCUUGUCUUCGCUGAACAACGACUCAAUGUCAAUCUUCCUGUGGACCAUCUUAUCGAGCGCAUCCGAAAUUUUGGAGCUCUUGACCCUGAUCCCUCCACAGAAAAUGAAGCGUCGAAACGCAUACGAACGUGA